UCCGGCCUUUCGGCUUUCGGCUCGGAGGAGGCCACGGUGCAACUUUCUUCGGUCGUCCCGAAUCCGGGUUCAUCCGACACCGGCCGCCUCCACCAUGCCGCCUAAGUUCGACCCCAACGAAGUCAAAGUCGUGUACCUGCGCUGCACCGGUGGGGAAGUCGGUGCCACGUCCGCCCUGGCCCCCAAGAUCGGACCCCUGGGCCUGUCUCCAAAAAAAGUCGGGGAUGACAUUGCCAAGGCAACUGGCGAUUGGAAGGGUCUGAGGAUAACAGUGAAACUGACCAUUCAGAACAGACAGGCACAGAUUGAGGUGGUACCUUCAGCCUCUGCCCUCAUCAUCAAGGCCCUCAAGGAACCACCAAGAGACCGGAAGAAGCAGAAAAACAUUAAGCACAGUGGAAAUAUCACAUUUGACGAGAUUGUCAGCAUAGCCCGACAGAUGCGGCACCGAUCAUUGGCUAGAGAACUCUCUGGCACCAUUAAAGAGAUCCUUGGCACCGCCCAGUCCGUGGGCUGCAAUGUUGACGGCCGCCACCCUCACGACAUCAUUGACGACAUCAACAGUGGGGCGGUGGAGUGCCCUGCCAGUUAAGGAAAAUCGAGAGAAAUCCCAAUAAAGGAUCGUUUGACUGGA